CCCAGGCAGAUGCGAUCCAGCGGCUCUGGGGGCGGCAACGGCGGUAGCAGCUGGUACCUCCCGCCGCUGCUGUCCGGAGGGUCACGGGGCACUGGGCUGCCUUCUGGCCGCCCUCUGGCCAGCUACCCGAAGUCUCGGGGGCUGCCGAUGGAUGAGGAGCGGGCAAGAAGAUUUCGGGCUCUCCUGCCCUGAAUGCUUUCCCUCCGCUUCUGCCUUCGGAGCCGCCUUGGUGCCUGAGAACUCUGAGGAGACGAGACGCGGGAGGAGAACAAGGACGCUGCAAACUUGCGCGGCAGCGGCCUGAGACUUUGCUUCACAGCGCGGGCGUUCAGUUCAAGCCCAGAAGUUCGGCGAGCAGUGCAGUCCGAAGACUUCCCGCUACGGAGGUUCGCAGGAGGGUGCACGAGAAAGCAGCCUCUACCCUUGGUUUCCCCCCCAGACGAGGGAGAGGAGCUCAGAGGAACCGAAAGGAGCACAGGAGGCGUCCAGGACAGCAGACACCAGCUCGGAGCCGCCGUUCCCAGCUAGAAAGUUACGGAGGAUUGGAGGCCGCUCGAGAGCGGACAGAGCACAGCUCAGGCCGCGGGGGCAGGAGAGGACGGUACUGAAUUACCACCUCCCUUCGACCAUAGUAGUUUCUCUUGUUCCAGAGCGCAGCGGGCUACAGACGGGGGCGCGGCUCUCGGCGCGGCGAGCGAGAGGUACAGGGUCCCAGCUGCUAAAGACCUUCGCGCUUCAGGGUCUCUUGACACGCCCCUGAGCUUCCAGGCCCGUUUUACUCAGACUCCUCCUGCUCGCCUCUUUGCAGUUGGAGGAAAGCAAGAGAAUCCAGUGCACGCACAAUCCCCCAGAGAUCAGGUAGAAGGAGCCAUUCAGAACUAAGGACUGCUCGGAGCCCCUUUCCCAUCUGGGGGCAAGCGAAGGCGAGGCUGGAUCCCGGAGAGUCGGGAGACUAGUAUAAGCAACCCUCCUCUGGCGGGAUGGGAGGUAUAGGGCUUCUAUGGCGGCUGCUGCCGCUGCUUUCAGCGGCAGCCUCGGGCUCCGGGACCGGGACCGGGACCGGGACCGGCCAGCGCAUGGGCUCACCGGCCGUGGGGCCGGCGCUGCAGCCCCGGGAGCCUCUCAGCUACUCGCGCCUGCAGAGGAAGAGCCUGGCAGUGGACUUCGUAGUGCCCUCGCUUUUCCGCGUCUAUGCCCGGGACCUGCUGCUGCCGCCGUCGUCCGCCUCGGAGCCCAGGGCUGGCCGGCUGGAGGCGCGCGGCUCGCUGGCUCUCGACUGCGCCCCACUGCUUAGGCUGGUGGGGCCACCACCGGGGGUCUCUUGGACAGCAGGCGCCAGCUCGCCUGCCCCGGCCCCGGCGCGGAUGCUGUCCAGGGUGCUGAAGGGCGGCUCGAUUCGCAAGCUCCGGCGCGCCAAGCAGCUGGUGCUGGAGCUGGGAGAGGACGCGAUCCUUGAGGGCUGCGUCGGGCCCCCAGAGGAGGCGGCUGCGGAACUGCUCCAAUUCAACCUCAGCGAGCUGUUCAGCUGGUGGAUUCGCCACGGCGAAGGGCGGCUGAGGAUCCGCCUGAUGCCUGAGAAGAAGGCGUCGGAAGUGGGCAGAGAGGGAAGGCUGUCCGCGGCGAUCAGAGCCUCCCAGCCCCGCCUUCUCUUCCAGAUCUUCGGGACCGGUCACAGCUUCUUGGAGUCACCAACAAACCUGCCUUCUCUUCCUCCUGAUUCUUUUGCAUGGAAUCUGACCUGGAUAAUGAAAGAUUCCUUUCCUUUCCUGUCUCAUCGCAGUCGAUAUGGUCUGGAGUGCAGCUUUGACUUCCCCUGUGAGCUAGAGUAUUCCCCUCCAUUGCACGACCUCGGGAAUCAGAGCUGGUCCUGGCGCCGCGUCCCCUCCGAGGAGGCCUCCCAGAUGGACCUGUUGGAUGGACCCGAGGCAGAGCAUUCCAAAGAGAUGCCCAGAGGUAAGGGUAGAGGCCACUGUGAAGUGUUCUGGAUCGGUCGGGACAGGGCUGGGACAUCUAUUUCUGUUUGAUAUUUUGAGGCUUGCCCACCUCUGCUCUAUCCUUUUUCCCUUAAAACCUGUUUUUAAUAUCUAUGCUUCUGCAUGUCUUCUUGGGCUGCACAAGGAAAGGAGAAUGCAAGUCCAGUUUCAAAAUCAAUCCAACCCUUUACUUUCUUACUAAGCAAAUAGGAUUUAUAAUUCUCUUUCAUGCAGAUUUCCCAAUGUAAGAUGCAGGAGAAAGUGCUAAUCUGUUUGUUCAUUUGAAUAGGGUUGCCAUAUAAAAUACAGGACAUCCAGUUAAAUUUGAG